AUGGGUAAUUGCUGCUCAUAUUAAAAUCCACCUACUUUUCUUAGUCAUCAUAAUACACCAGAUCAUUUAAGUGUUGAGGAAAGUCUUCAUUAAUUAAUAAAUGCAAUUACACCAAGAGUAUAUGAAACACAAGAUUAAUUUAUUAUUUUGAAUCCAUUAAUUUUAGCUACUAUGGAGAAAUUGAAAAAGUUGAUUAUUAAAGAGUCUCCUCAUUUCAAAAUGUAAGACCUGACUUAAUUAAUGGGCAAUAAGAAAGGGUGUUAUGUAAUAGUUAUUUACAUGUUAAGAGAUUAAAGAAUGGAGUAUUAUAUUCUGGAGAUUGGCUUGAUGAUUAGAGACAUGGAUAUGGGAAGGCUAUAAAUCUAGAUGGAAGUGUUUAUGAAGGCUUUUUCAAAUAGGAUCAAUAUUAUGGCAUUGGUAGAUUGAUAUUUUAUGAUGGUGACUAUUAUGAGGGAGAAUUCGAAAAUAAUCAAUUUAAUGGAUUAGGUGUGUAUAGUUCUACUUUUUAGUAUGAAGGUGAGUGGUAGAAUGGAGAAAAACAUGGUUAAGGAAAAGAAGUAUGGCCAAAUGGGAUCACUUAUUAAGGAUAAUUUAAGAAAGGACUAAAAGAUGGAUAAGGAAAGAUGGUCUUUAAUGAUAAUUCAUAUUACGAAGGAGAAUUUCUUAGAGACACUUUUAACAGUAUGUGAAUUCCUUUAAUCUAAGAUAAAGGGACAUUCUUUUGGAAUGAUAGUAAAAAGUACAUUGGUGAGUGGAGAGAUGGAGCUAAAGAAGGUCAAGGAUAAAUGAUUUGGCCGACUGGUUAAGAGUACAAAGGGGAAUUCUUAUAAGAUGAAUUUGAAGGCCAAGGAUAAAUGACAUAUCCAGAUGGAAAGAUUUUUAUUGGAUAUUGGAGAUCAAGCAGAUAGAAUGGGGAUGGUGCUAUCUAUAAAAAUGGAAAACUUUAUAAAUAAGGAAUUUGGAAUAUGGGUACAAUGAUAAAAGAAAUUAAAUUAUGA